AUGAAUCCUGCGGGAGAGGUGAUGUACGACACAUCGGCACUGCCGCCGCGGCGCAGUAUGACGCAGUCGCACUACACCGCCGCGGAGGUGCAGGAGCGAUACGCCCGGCAGGAGAAGGUGGGUGAGGGGUCGUACGGCGUCGUGUACAAGUGCCUUGACAAGCAGACUGGGCAGAUUGUCGCGAUGAAGCGCAUCUCACUGAAGCUGAAGGACGAGGGUGUGCCAGCUACGGCGGUGCGGGAGGUGUCGCUGCUGCGGGAGCUGAACCACCCGUACGUGGUGCGCCUCCUCGACGUCUCGCUGCAAGAGUCGAAGCUGCUGCUCAUCUUUGAGUACAUGGAGAAGGACCUGCAGGGAUUGCUCAAGCAGCGCACGACACCGUUGAUAGGCGGAAAGCUGCAGCGCAUCAUGUUCCAGCUGUUGUUGGGGCUGCACGCCUGCCACAGUCGUCGCUUCGUGCACCGCGACAUCAAGCCUAGCAACAUUCUUAUCAAUCGUGACGAGACCGUCGUGAAGCUGGCGGACUUCGGAUUGGGACGAGCGUUCCGCGUGCCGCUGCAGACGUACACAACCGAGGUGAUGACGCUGUGGUACCGCGCGCCGGAGGUGCUGCUCGGUGACAACCACUACCUUCCCGCCGUUGACAUUUGGUCGAUGGGCUGCGUCAUGGCGGAGCUCGCCAAAGGGUCACCGCUCUUCGCCGGUGAUACCUCCAUCAGUCAGCUGUUCGCCAUCUUCCAAAUCCUUGGCACCCCAUCAGAGGCGACGUGGCGUGGCGUCUCAUCGCUGCCGCACCACAACGUGGACUUCCCGCAGUGGCGCCCAACGCCCCUCAGCGACGUGAUUCCGACACUCGAUCCUGCUGGCGUCGACUUGCUGCAGCAGAUGCUUGUAUACGACCCGCGGCAGCGCAUCACCGCCUACGACGCGAUGCGCCACAGCUGGUUUGAUGACGUUCGGCAGGAGAAGAGUGAUGUGGCGCUUGCAUAA